UCAACAUUUCCAUCAAGUUGUGCAGACUGGUCGAGGGCCAUGGUGAGGCUGGGGGAGGCGAAUAUGGUGCAUCAACGCAGGACAACCCAUGUACGCAAAAAGGUCUGGGUUGCUGGCUGGCGGUCUCUUGCAUCUCGAGAGGGGGAGGAGGGACGGCGCGCUGUCGUUGCUGCGGCCUCAGUGUUCAUCACAGCCGCGGAGAGCGAGAUGGUGCCGAGUCUGUAAUUCUUGUUGCUUGGUCGAUAGCUACGACCUGAAGGUCUGGUCACCUGUGGGGUCCUGUGACAGGCCCAGUGUUUGAGGACCAGACCAGACAGACGUGCAGGCCAGAGGCGUCGACAGUCAUGAGUGUCGGGGCAACAACCUGCACCCUUGCCCUGACUCUCCCCCGCCUGCGGACGGGCCCACCUGACAAGCGGACUUAGCAACGCUGUUCUAAAAUAGAGGUGUGUGUGCAUGCGGAUGGCUGACGCUCCUGCACUCCUAGGCUGCGCCCAUGACAGCCCCGCCAGACCUGUCUCUUCUCAGCUGGAAUUUCGACGAGUUUUGAGAAGCUCGGUUAGUGUUUGAGUGGGUCAAUGCGGACACCAGUGCGCUGGUGGCAUAAUCGACACAACCACACAGUCAUUCUGUCGCUAGUGAUCCUUGUAAGGUAGUGGAUGUGGCCGCAGGCAACACUUUUUUAAAACUAUUAGUCCGUGAGCCAAACGCCUCCUAAAGCCAGUGUCCCAAGGUGAGUGUCGCGCAGGAACAGCCGCAGUCACCACCACCACAACACAUCAACAACAACAACUGCUACUGCUGCAACAACAACAAACCUCACCCGUCAAGUCCAUUCAGACCUUAGUUGGUUCCGUCAAACAGUCGGAUGGAUGACGAGCUAUCUUGGGUCUCCAAUGGCAGGGUGAGAGUGCUGGAGUGCCUGGCGCCGUGGCUGUGCAUUAGCGCGGCUCGCCCGGUGGGCUCCGUGGGGUCGGGGGCGGCACGCCACAACCAGCAGGAGGGCCAGCAGGAGCAGCAGCAGCAGCAGGAGCAGCACCCAGGGGAGCCCCCGGCUGGCUGGCUCCGCGACACCAGGACCACGCCGCCCGACAGGUCCCGCCGCCCGCACUCGGCCCCCGCGCCCAUCACCGCCACCAUGGUGAAGACCUUCCAGGCCUACCUGCCCUCCUGCCACAGAACGUACUCGUGCAUCCACUGCCGGGCGCACCUUGCAAACCACGACGAACUCAUAUCCAAGUCUUUUCAGGGCAGCCAAGGUCGGGCAUACCUCUUCAACUCAGUGGUGAAUGUUGGGUGCGGGCCGGCCGAGGAAAGAGUGCUUCUGACUGGCCUACAUGCAGUGGCCGACAUCUACUGUGAGUGCUGCAAGACCACGCUGGGCUGGAAAUACGAGCAUGCAUUUGAAUCCAGCCAGAAGUACAAGGAAGGAAAGUACAUCAUCGAGCUGGCCCACAUGAUCAAGGACAAUGGUUGGGACUGAGUGUGGGCCCCCGGCUGGCAGCGGAGCCUCAGUCUGCACCUGUGACCUCAUGAUUCCCCCACUGCUGUUGCUGCUGCACCACACUGGGGCGUUAAUGACGAUUAUUAGUUCGUCGGUCGCAGAGGACGACUGGAGGCGCCGGGCCCGCUGAGGAUGACUGCUGCUUCCCUCUUAGUGUUAGGUUGACCUGCCGCGCCCGACUCACUCAUGUGCAGUGAUCUCAGCCAGUGCAUGAUGCCGGGGUGUGCUGCCACCUGGUGACUGCUUAAGGGAAAAAUUGAUCAAAGUUUGAAAUUAUAUCAGAGACCAGUUAUUAUAUUUAGUGUUUUUUUGUAUACUUCUUUUUUUUUAUAUGGACUACUGGUUCUGGAAUGUCUCGCACUGAUUUGUGAAGGUGAAGACAUAUUAAUUAACCUCCACAGUGGAUUAACCAGUGUUGAAGGAAAGUAUCUGAGAGCAGCAGCAGCACACCCUGAGAGCUACUGGCACUCAUCAUCAGCAUCACUAUCACCAUACUCUUGUAUCACUCCUGACUGAGCUGACUCACCAGUCAGCACUCAGUCAUCCACUCUGUCAGUCUGCCAGCCAGCUAGCUCUCGUCCAGUCUCAUGGCCUGUCUGUGAUGGGCUUUGCCUGCAAGCAAACUUGAUUUUAAUGUGUAGUAAAUGUAAAACUAAUCUUCCCACCCUGCCACUUGCAAGCCUCUUAGACAGAUUGGUGUACUAUAAUCUCAUUGCAAGGAAAACGAUUGGUUUAUUUAUAGUCUACCAUCUUUCCAUACGGGACCAUAGUGUGAUUUGACUUGCCACUGCAAGAUUAUUGCCAACAUGGAGAAACAGCUUGGGCUGCAGCUCAGCCAGUGACAGAGACCAGCAGUGUGCUCUCCGAGGAUGAAUAAGAGGUAUCUGAUGGGCACUCGUGGCUCAUUCUAUUUUCCGUAGAAAAAGGGACAAUUAAUUUUUCAAGAACCUGUGCUAGACAACAAAACAUAAUACUAUGUAUUAGCACUUACUGCUUGACCUAUCUUUGGAGCACACAAAGUAAUCAUACUUCUUAUUUGUCUCGUCCAUAUUGUAUCUGCACAGACCAUGUGCAAGGAGUGAUGGUGUUCCCACUGUGAUCUUGUGCAUCUAGGAAGCCUGAGCAGUGCAGGCCACCUGUCAUGAUGUGUCUUACUCAUUGCCAUGCCAUGUGAUUGGACAAUAUUUUGACUAAUUUUCACUUGUUCUGUACUGUGUAUUUAUCCUAAGAUUGGUGUUCCCAACAACUAGGCGAGAUUAAUGAUUGUGCUGCUUACAUUUCCACUCCUCGGUCAAGGUAUAAUGGCUGUAAGAAUUAAGUGCAUUUUCUGCAGUUAACUUUGGUUGAGAUUGAGUUGAGAUCAGAUUUGCAUUCUGCUUCAUGAACAUAUUUGUGCUUAUUUUCAUAAGGAGGGUCAGUAAGAGAGCAAUUCAUGGGAAACAAGUAUUGCUACACCUGUAAUGCAAGUCCAGAUCGAGGCUGUGUGCACUGCAGUGAAGAGUAGACUGUUUGUGGUAGAUGUGUUACAUGCUCAUCUAUUUGUAUUUUCUGUCUAUUGAAGAUCUACUUUAAUGCCUUUAAGGCAACACAUUACAGGAAUAUGAAUUGGUGAACUGAAAAGUUUAAGAAAGUUUUAACCCAUACAGCAUCAACCAAAAUUUACGUAUUAAUACCCCACUUGUAUUGGCCAAAUUUAACUUUUUGUGUUCUAGAAAUCAAACAGUCCAUCCAGUCACAAGCCAAAGAAAACCCAAACCACAGUACUCCCCGAGUGAUGAGGGUGGUCCAGACGUCCCCACUCCCAGUGUUCUUACUGCUGGGUGAGGUGAAGGUCACGAGCAGCGGCCUGUCUUAUUUGUUAUGCAUCUUCCAGUGAUGAAAAUCAAUCACUGUGACAUUGACAUGCAUAAUGUACUGAAGAACAUUUCAUAUAUCAAGGGAACCAUCAAAGACACUUUAGCGCUCAUAAUUUUCCACCAUUGUUUUCAGCAGUAGAUAGGCCUCUCUUCACAGCCUGAUCAGUGAAGCUUGUCUGUUUCCAGUUUUCACUUGGUAUUAGUUGCUUGUUGAUAAUUACUCUCCAGUUCGUAUUGACCAUUUCACAUAUAACCGUUUAUAACGUGUCCUUCACUUAUUAUACAACGUGUAAAUCGUCGCUUCAUCAUCGAUAAGAAAAUAUUCGUGUUACUUUCACUCUCGUUCAGCGUUCUUUCUCGACUCAGCAUGUCUCAGUAAUUUAUCAGAGUAUGGCAGUACUCAGAGCAGUCUAAAAGAAACAAACAGUCCCAUGUCACAUUCCUGAUGCUUGAACUGUGUGAAUCUUCAUCACUUUCCUUCACAAUGUUUAAUGUUGAUGAUGCCAACAUUGUAGAUCACACUGCAGUAGGAGGGAGCAGAAGGUAGAAGUGUGUAGCCAAGAGGCAGUGUGGAGUAUCAUAUUUGUUUGGCAUGCAUCAUAGCCUUUGAUGGUCACAGUGUUUAUUUGUGUGGUCAGAAAACAGCUCCCCACACAACUCUUCAAACAAUCCUCCCAUGUCUCCUUGCCCAUAACAAUGCACUUGUAGGUUGUCUAGGAGAUGAAAAGUAUCUUACACUACCGUUUCAUGUUCUUUGUGGCACAUGCAGCAGGAUAUCAUGGCAUCUGACUAAUGAACCUUGCACACAUUCACUUUGUCAGCAAUAGCAGCUCUGGUUUCAUGAUUUUCUGCCUGGUGCUGUGGUGAAUGUUGUAUGAUCACUAUUUUUGGCUUAUGGACAGUCAGAAGGAGGUUCAUGUCAUGCUUGUCCAUCCAUGAGAUUGCCAAUACAUUGUAUAGAACUUUAUUUCAUCAUUUACCUUGUUCUUGAUAGGGACUGGGGGCACAGAUGCCAGUCUGCUGAUUGUAUAGGAACUGUGAGGUUAAAGAGCCGAUGCCAGUGAUGCACAUUAAGGAUAUGACCCAUGCCAAUGUAACAUUUCAUCACUGCUGGGACAACUAGACAUUCUGCACCUAUGCCUGUGACAGAUAGCAUGUGUGUUCUUUUGGCUGAAUAUAGGAUGGUGUCUUGAAUAUAUCCUGUCAUACAGUCAUGUAAAACUAAAAGUAUGAGGCCAAUUUUUUUGGUGUUUGCUUAGAUUUACUGCAAGUCAUUUUCUCUCUCCAUAGCAUACAGCUUUUGCCAGUGCAAGCCAUCUGAUAGAAAUGGAAUAAUGAUGUGGUGAGAAAUCAAAGUGAUGAUGGACUGAAGAGAAUGUACAGGUUGGAACAUGAAGGAAGUAUGACUUGCCAUUAAAUUUAAGUUCUGUUUCUAAAGAAACUUAAUCAGUACAAUCUAUGCCACUGAGACUGGCAGUGUGUUUAUUUAGGCUGAUACAUUGCACAUUGCAGAUGCUGUAUGGGUUAAAUACUACACAAAUGAUGAUAUUUUGAAGAAAAAGAAAGCUGCUGACCUACAGCUUAGACUUGGAGCAAAGGAACAUGUUCUUUGUUACUAUUGAUUGGUGAUUACACAUCCAUUUUUGCAGCGCUUGAUUGAAUACAGCAAGGGAUGCUGCAGUUUGUAUUGUACUCCGGGGAUUUCUUCAUAGUGUUUUGUUGUGAUAUUUGUCUUUUCUGGAUGAUCACGUCCAUCAGUUCAAGAUGAAAGAGAAAUUGCUGGAUUGAAAUGUAAAUUGUCUCUCAACUCAAUCUCAAUUCAAAGUCAAGUGAAGAAAAUGGUGUUGCUCUCGUCUUGGUGGAGCCGUGAGGGUCUCUGUGUUAGUCUUGACUCACCUUGGAUGUUCUUAUCCCUGCCAGUGAAAUGUUUGCAGCUGUUCAGAUGUGAAGUGUGUAGAACUGCAAAUAUUGAUUGAUUUUUAAGGUAUAUAAAAAAACGAAGCUGUAGCAAGUAUAUAUGUGGAUUGAGAUUGCUUGAAUAUUUUAUAGCCAAGCAGUAGCCAUGUUUGUAGAGAAGCAGGGGGUUGCAGAGUGGUGUGCAUCUUUUUUGGGCGGGUAAAACCUUACAGCUCUGGCCGUGUUUUCCUGUGGGAGCUGCAGGGAAGCCUUCUGGAAUACCUAUCUUGUCCUAUUUUGGUCUGCUUGGCUGCUUCUCAGCUUGGUGGUGGAACACUGGACAUAGCUUUAAACACAGGUAGAGAAGAGGAAUCAAGUACCUAUUGGCUAGCCUUACCACAUUAUUGAAGAAGUUUUAAGUUCAUUUCAUACUUAAAGUGUUGGUGAGGUACUCAAAGCAUAAAAGGAGACAGAGUGGUAAAUUUCUGUUUUUCUUUAUAGUGAUGAUAAGGCAUUUUAGAUUAACUUUUAUAGUUAUUUUCUAUGGAUUGUGCAAUGAAUUUUUAGAGAAGUACAGAUAGUGGUCAUGGUAUGAGGGGAUUUGCCUGUCUUGAGUUAGGUUAUGUGUAUGCUCAGGUAGAUAGAAAAGCCUUCCUUACUUCCAUUAGUUUAACUUUGAUUUUUGACGCAUAUAUGAGCAGGUGUGUGUGAGUGUGUGUGUGUGUGUGUGUGUGUGUGUGUGUGUGUGUGUGUGUGUGUGUGUGUGUGGGUGUGUGUGUGUGCCUGUGUAUAUGUGUGUGUGUGCGUGCAUGCAUGUAUGUCUGUGCACGCAUAUAUGCACGUGUCAUGGAUGCCAUUUAUUUUCCCUCUUUAAUCAGGAUUUCUCUUCCUGUUCUUGACCUUUAUCUUCCAUCUCUUCUCCCUCUCUGUUGUGUGGCACCUCACUUUUUUUUUUUUUCCAUCCCCCAACAGGCGGCUCACAGUAGCCCUCUGUAGUGAUACUGAUUAACAUAACAUGUCAGGUUUCCAGCACAUUAUCUUGUCUCCAAUAGUUAUGGUAUAAUAUUGAUGCUGCCUUCCGAUUUUCACCAUGAUUACCUAGGUCUCCCUGUGUUUUCCCCCUUGUGAUCUUGUUGAUCUAUCACAAACACUUAGGUAGAUUUUUUUUUUUAUUAUUUUAUUUUAUUUAUUUUUUAUUUUUUUCUCUCCCAGAGGAACAUUACCCUGUUGAAGGGAAAGGCGGGGCUGUCCAGACCUCUUGCUCCCACCAACCUCUCAUGCUGCUUAACUUUUGUUACUUUCCACACCAUCACUGGUCUCUUCCCUUUGCUGACCUCCCACUGGUCCAAGUAUAACAUACUGCAGCAUAUUCUGACCUUAGUAGGUAUGUAUUUCACUAUGUACUGAUCUCAGCACAUACACCCCCAGGUAUACACUCUGUGUCUACAACAUCCAGUAUGAUGUGACAUUGUCAGCUCAUACUCUUGUGUGCUGACAUCAGUACCAACAUUGUCAUGAACUUAGUACACGUGUUUCAUCAUGUGCUGACCUCAGUACGAGCAGUUCUACAUUUCAUUAAUCGUAUGCAAAUGGUCAUAAUUGUGUGAAGAGAUAUUUACUAAAGAGAGAUCCCCACAAGGUGGUCUUAUAUUUUUACAUGGCAUUCUAGUCUUUCAUUCUAACCAAUAGUUCCAAAGUGUGCAUGUCUCUGCCUUGUGUUAUAUUACAGUAAUAGCUGUUUUUAUCAUGGUUCAUGGGAUGUAUUACAAGUGGAUGGCGAGAGGCAAAAGCAUUAUUGACUACUGUGAUAAGGUUGAGAGUUGUGUGAUUGAGUUAUUACUUAGGGUCUACAGUUACUGCUCGGUGUGAUAACAUCCUCUGAAGGUUAUGGCUUGAGUACUGCAGAAAAGCGUUCUCAUGUAUUGGGUAUCUGAAUGUUUAAAACUAGAUAUAUACAUAUAUAUAAAUAAAUAAAUAUAUAUAUAAAUACUGUAUGUAGUGGGACUUCCCAGCUCUGUCUCAACCGGUUCUAGGGCCAUCUGGUUUGUUUUGCCUUUCGUCAUAACAAUAACCACUGAAUGUGCAGGACACUUUGGCUGUUGUAGUGCUUUUGUGAUUGACAUUAUCAUAGAGGAGCUUGGAAGCAUUCACAUAGGUUAGUUUCCUUUCAAUGUUGUAUUUCACAGCAACCAUCUUGACACUGGUAACUGCUUUUAUUUUAGUCAGUCUAUAUAGAAUUUCUUUCAACUGAUAGAAACAUUUUGCAAUAUACUUGGUAACUACUUAAAACCGGCAGCCUCUUGGGAUAUUCUUUGAGCGGUGUCCCCUUCUUUCGCUAAGCUUGCCCUCGGUCAGACUGUGGCUGCGGCAGGCGCUGCCCCGCCACACACUCGCUGGACUCUGUGUCUUGCUGCCGAGGAGUGAACAGGAGUACCCAGGACCACAGUACAUUCAGAUUCUGUCCAGAGUGAGAGGGGUCCAUAGUGCUGUGCUUGCCACCUGUUAUUACUUAAACCACUUCUCCACUGACUGAUACAUUUUUGUUUGUUGAGUCACUGUGUAUACCUUGCUCAUGUAAUACUGGGGAAAAGAUAUUAUGUGUACUCUAGCCAUUAUAUAUAUAAAUAUCCAGUUUUUUUAUCGAUUGUAGAAAACGUAGGAGUCAGCAGGUGUGGAUUGUAUAUCACUGCUGUGGUCACCUGCUGAGCCAGACACCUUCCCACUGAGCCAACCUGUGCUGUGUUGUAGAGCAGAGAUGGUCAUGUUUGUUUUGAGUUAAAAAGCACUUUUAUGUUCAGUUCCAUUUGGUGGAUAUUCAAAUCAAAACCUCCAAUGUUGCCUUGAUGGAAGGGCCCCUUUGGACCUCCAGCCUAGUUUUCGCUGUGGAGGAGAAGGUCACUCAGAGUUGGUCGUGAAUGGACCCAUGACCUGACCUCUGCCAGCCUCUCUGUUCCUGCUUCUUGUCUUGAUGACUUAAAAAAAAGAUGAGUUGUUUUUAAUGGUAUGAAACAGAAUUAUUGCCCACCUUUGCUCAUAGUUCAUAAGGUAUUAGUGUCAAUGAUGGUGUAUUUGGUGAUUUGCAGUACUGUAUUAAUGUAGUUAUUUCAUAUGUAUAUACAUCAUUUUUUACAACCAAGGACGACAUACUUCCUUUGGAAAACAUUAUUUCCAUCAUGUGGAGGAUUCAGGUGGGGUUGGAUCAGCAAGAAGAUAGUAAGGUUCAGGUCUGUGAAGCAGAACACACCACCUGAACACCAUUUUACAAACUGUUGAUGUCUGUGAUGCUGGUCCCUCCCCGCAUGCGUCUCGUAGCCCCAGUCGAGCUUGCUGUCUUCAGUAAAUCUGGAUGGCCAAUGAGAGAGGACACAAAAUUUUAGACUUUGGCGUUGAUCUCAUGCGCUGCUUCACUCUGUUUCCGGACAACGGCACGAAUGACCCACUUUAAAGACAAUAUCCAGAUUUACCUUGCUGUAUAUAGUAUUUAUUCACAGGAAGCUUACAGUAGUUGCUGCCACAGAUGCAGACAGAAAUAUUUAUCUUGAUUUUUAUUAGUUCUGCCAAUGUUCAUUAUUUCAACACCUGGUCUAAUUGGAGGGUAAUCCCAACACCAUUAAGAAAAUAUUAAGCUUUAGAGCAGUGCCAAGCUGAGGGUGUGUGAGGGUAGUGUGUGUGUGUGUCAGGGUGAGGUGGUAUGAGCCCUGGGAUGCCUAGGGUGACAGGAAGGUGUGUUGUAGCAUUCCAUUACUGAGCACAGGUGACUGGGUGAGGCUCGGGGCUAGAAGUGUGUGUUAACUGCGAAUGAACCUUUGUCUCCUGCAAUUCCUUUUUCGCUGUUAUCCUGUUACUAGAAAUGCAGCUCCCGAUCAGUAUCGUUUUUAACUUUCUUGUCUCUUAUUAAGAGGUUUCGGCAAAAAAUACAGAAUAGAAGCCUAAAUUUUAUGCCUUAGAGAUGGUGUAAAUAUCAGAUGUCGUAAUGUUGUCUGUCCGAUUGCAGUGUUGUUUGUAGUGAAGCAAAGUUAUGAACAGUGUUAAAAUAAAAAAAAAAAAAGGUUGCUGAAGAUGCAGUUCUAGCUCUGACUCAUUCUGACACACACAAUUGACCUCCUACCCAGCAAUACCAGCCGGGGAAAGGGGUCAAGAGGGGGAAGCUUAUGUUAAGUUACAAAAAAAGGGGACAAAAAAAGAGGUUCACACUUUGAGAAACCUACAAAACAUGGUGGGAACCUUUUGUUGAAUCCAGUCUAUUCCAUCCUCAUGCAUAAAGUAUUUUUGUAGCUUGUAAUGAAUUGGCUGCAUUGACGGUAAUCUGAGGGAUAAGUAUAGUGAUCUGCAUAACUAGCAGCAACAUUUUUGGUACGUGAGUGUCUCACAUAAGAAGCUGCUAAAUGUGACUUUACACAAUAAACAUUUACCAAUA